AUGUUGGAAGGCGAGAAUGGCAUCUCAGAGCUGAAGGCCAAUUCCCUGAGAUCCCUCCCGAAGAUUGAAACCAUCAACCUGGAAAAUAAUGACCUACUGAACCUUCGCUUCCUCAUGCUGGGUCAGAACCGAAUAGGAGCCCUGAAGCCGGAGAUGUUCGCUGGCAUGAGGAACCUGUCGGAUCUGGAUCUUCCUUUAAACGCCUUGACUGCUGUUCCGCCCAACGCCUUCAAACCUCUCAUUGCGCUGAAGGUUUUGGAUCUUUCCCUAAACCGUAUUCAAAGGAUCGCAGCUCAGGGCUUCACCGGCCUCAGACAGCUCAUGUUCCUCAACUUGGACAACAACAGUCUGAAAACAAUUCCCGCUGGAUCAUUCAAGCCCCUUCGUGCUCUGGAGAUGCUCGUGCUUGAUAACAACCUCCUUACAGCGCUGAAUCCAGCAGCUUUUGAGGGACUGGGUCGGCUACAGGAACUGUACCUGCGGAACAAUGAGCUGGAGCGACUGCCUCCCGCUGUGUUUAAACACACUCCAAAUCUCUCCCGCCUCGCUCUGAGUGGAAACCGCCUGGCGACCAUUGAGGGAAAGACGCUUGCUCUUCUACCACACCUGAAGAAGCUGCAUCUCCAUGACAACCCCUGGUUGUGUGACUGUAACAUCAGCUCUUUGGUGGGAUGGAUGCGGCAGACCAGCGCUACACUGUCACCACGAGAGGCUUUGAAGUGCUCAAGUCCUCCCGAGCUUCGCAAGAAGAGCUUAAGCAGCCUCCACGGUGUGAAGCUGCUCUGUCAAGCCUAA